AUGCUCUGCGGCGGCGGCGGCGGCGUAUCGAUGGUCAUGGACGCCGCGCUGCGCGACUGGUGCGGGCCGCUGCCCGGCGGAUCCAAGCUGCCAGCCUACCCCCAAAUCCCCGACGGGUUCACCGCGGAGGAGCUCGAGUCGCUGCUGCUCUUCCCGUCCGACGGCGCCGACGCGGCCGCCUGCCCGAAUGCCGCCGCGGCGCCGCCCCUGCUCCCUUCCCCGGCCGCCUCCGCCGACAGCGCGUCGCCGCCGCCACCGAGAGACGCCUCGGGCUCGGCCUCUUCGCCGGCUGCGGCGGCGGCGGGCCAGGCGCAUCCGCAGCCGGACGACUCGGAGGUGUUCUCGGACAUUGUUCUGGGCUACAUCAACCGCAUGCUCAUGGCCGAGGACAUCGACGAGAAGUUCGACCACUACCCGGCCCACCCCGCGCUGCUCGCCGCCGAGAAGCCCUUCCUCGAGAUCCUCGCCGACCAGCCGCCCUGCUCCGGCGGCAGCACGGUCGAGAGCCCCGACGGCAGCAGCGUCACCACCAACUCCUUCAACAGCCACGGCUCCUGCAACUGUGCCGCGCCUUCCGGUGGUGGCCUCGGCGCCAUGCAGGCGCCGCCCGCUCUCGAGUUCCCCACGGCGGAGUUCCUGCAGCCGCCGCAGUUCUACCAGGAUCUGAGCCCCGAGAGCUGCGUGGUGGAAGCUGGCGGUGCAUGGCCGCCGUACGACGCCAUGGAAUUCAACCCUCUUCCUGACGCGUUGCUCUCGCAGUCGUCGUCCUUCGCGUCUUCAAAUGGCAGCAGCGUUGCAUUUUCAGAGGGCUUCGAGCCGUGGCUCAGCACGGCGGGUGCUGUGCCUGAUGCUGCCUUGAGCGAUUUUGUUCUGCAGAGCCAACAAGCAGCGCAGUUCAGCCGAGGAUUUGAAGAGGCCAGCAGAUUUCUGCCUCAAGAGAGCAAGCUUGUGAUUGACGUCGACAGUUUACCGUCAGUUUGGGUUAAAGAAGAUAAGAAGGUUGUGGAGGUCAAGAAAGAGAAAGCUGAUUCUGAAGUAGCUAUUCACCGAGGAAAGAAGCAUUUCUACGGUGACGACUUGGAUGCAGAUGAAGUGAGAUGCUGCAAGCAUUCAGCGCCCGUUGUCGACGCGGAUCACCUUGUGCGGGAGAUGAUGGACAAGGUCUUGCUAUGCAACGGCGAGACAUGCUCUAGAGGUGUCAAGGAACUGCGUGAGGCCCUACAGCACGAUGUGGCAGCUCAUUCAGGUGGCGCCCAUGGCAAAGGGUCUGGCCAUGGCAAGGGCCGUGGCAAGAAACAGGUCAAACAACCCAAGAAGGAGGUGGUUGACUUGGAGACUCUCCUCAUCCAUUGUGCGCAGUCGGUUUCCAUUGAUGACCGGCGGAGUGCAACCGAUCUCCUGAAGCAAAUCAGGCAGCAUGCAUCUGCUACUGGCGAUGGUGACCAGCGUUUGGCACACUGCUUUGCCAAUGGCCUUGAGGCGAGGCUUGCUGGUAAUGGAAGUCAGAUAUACAAGUUACAUACCAUAUCACGGUUUGCAUGCACUGAUGUGCUGAAAGCCUACCAACUGUACUUAGCAGCUUGCCCAUUCAAGAAGAUCUCUCAUUACUUUGCCAAUCAAACCAUUAUGAAUGCUGUGGAGAAAGCCAAGAAAGUUCACAUUGUCGACUUCGGUGUAUACUAUGGCUUUCAGUGGCCAUGUCUCAUUCAACGGCUAAGUAAAAGGCUUGGAGGCCCCCCAGAACUUCGGAUCACAGCAAUAGACACACCUCAGCCUGGUUUUCGCCCAGCAGAGCGCAUCGAGGAGAUUGGAAGAUAUCUAAGUGAUUAUGCUCAGACCUUCAAAGUCCCUUUCAAAUACCAUGGCAUCGCAUCUCAAUUUGAGGCUGUUAGGGUAGAGGAUCUCCACAUUGAGAAGGACGAGAUUCUGAUUGUCAACAGCAUGUUCAGGUUCAAGACUCUGAUGGAUGAGAGCGUGGUAGCUGAGAGUCCAAGGAACAUGGUAUUGAACACAAUAAGGAAGAUGAAGCCACAUGUGUUCAUUCAUGGGGUCACUAAUGGAUCCUACAAUGCACCAUUCUUCGUCUCACGCUUCCGUGAGGCAUUGUUCCAGUUCUCUGCUCACUUCGACAUGUUGGAGGCUAACAUUCCCAGGGAUAAUGAGGAGAGGCUGCUCAUUGAGUCAACUAUUUUCAGUCGGGAGGCAAUUAAUGUCAUAUCUUGUGAGGGAAUGGAGAGGAUGGAGAGGCCAGAGACCUACAAGCAGUGGCAGGUGCGGAAUCAGAGGGCUGGGUUCAAGCAGCUCCCGCUGGACCCGGAAAUCAUGAAGCGUGCACGGGAGAAGGUGAAGUGCUACCACAAGAAUUUCAUCAUCGACGAGGACAACAGGUGGUUACUACAAGGAUGGAAGGGGCGUAUCCUGUACGCGCUCUCAACAUGGAAGGCGAAUCCCCAAUCCUCCUAG